AUGGCUUUUUCAACAGAUGAUACAUAUAUAAACAAAAAUCAGGACCUACAUGAUAUUUCUGAAACAUUUUUUUUUGCUGCACGCUUUGGAGAUUUAAAAACUAUUCAGAAGUUACCAUUGUCAUUGAUUGAUUUAUUUCAACAGGAUGAGAAUGGCAAUACAGCACUUCAUAUGGCUUCAGCAAAUGGUCACUUGAACAUUGUUCAAUUUUUACUUUCUCAACUUCCAGAAACAAAUGAUAAACAUAAAUAUAUUUCAAUUCAGAAUGAACGAGGAAAUACUCCUCUUCAUUGGGCUUCAGUAAAUGGGCACUUGGAAAUAGUUUCUGAGCUCGUUAAAGGUGGUGCAAAUCUACAUAUUCAAAAUGACGCACAAAAAACGCCAUUAUCAGAUGCAGAAUUUCAUGGCCGGAAAAAUGUAGUUAUGUGGUUUCUUACACAAACUGAUAUGGUACCAGUGGAUCCAACAGACUCUUUGGAUGAACUAUAA